AUGUUCUGUUGUGUCGGAAGAGAGCACACGAUCAGUGCUGAGGGUUCUUCUCGAUCACACGAUGCACAUGCGAAAGAUUUGAAUGAUCGAUUGGUUGAGAAGAUUCUUUGUGCUGUUGGGGAGAUUCCGGAGGGAGGAAAAAGCGAAUUCGAGGUGAAUGGGACGAAAAUAGUGGUGAUUUUCGAUCGCGGGAAAUACUACGGUAUUGGCGCUUAUUGUCCCCAUUUGAAAGGACGUCUAAUCAAUGGUGUUUACCGGAAUGGUUUCAUUCGUUGCCCAUCACAUGGCGCUAAGUACGAUGUGAGCACGGGGGACAUCGAGGAUUUCCCAACGUUCAACUGUCUUCCAACUUAUAAGGUCUUCCAACGAGGCAACUAUGUGGUGGUGGAGACACGAGAGAGCAGUCUCCACUCUCUUGCAUCAACCGAUUGGACUGCAGCGAUCCCGUCAUCAUCGAACUCACCUCUACAGCAAACAAUCAUUGUUAUUGGAACUGGACCUGCUGGUUUGACUUUCGUGGAAACUUUGAGAAAACUCGGUUGUACAAAGAAAAUUGAGAUGAUCACACAGGAAUUCGAGCUUCCAUAUGACCGAACAAUGUUGAAUAAGAAAUAUAUAGCAAAUGCAACGGAAGGGCGGUUACAUGAUGAGGAAUGGUAUAGCCGGAUGAAUGUCGAAGUGAGAACAAAUACGAGGGUUCUCUACAUCAAUCCAAAGAAUAAAACACUUGUCCUGUCAAACAGUAGUUGUAUGUACUAUUCGAAGCUUUUCAUUGCGAUGGGAUGUGUGCCACGAAAAUUGAGUGUUCCUGGCGGGAAACUGGCAAAUAUCUGUUAUUUAAGAACGAUGCAAGAUUCGGUUCAUUUAUGGAAUCGUGCAAAAGGAGCUAACGUCGUCUGCAUCGGUGGAUCGUUUAUUGGAAUGGAGGCAGCAAGUGUUUUGGUGGGAGUGGCUGAAUCGGUGACCGUCGUUUGCACCACCGAAGAACCAUUGCCAGCUUUUGGGAGAGAUGUGGGUGCAGCGUUGAGAAAGUAUUUUGAUCGAAAAGGAAUUCGAGUUAUCACACGUGGUCGAAUCGAGUACUUGAGUGGGAGUGAGAUGGGAGCGGUGGAAGCCGUGCAUCUGGUUGAUGGAGAGAUUUUACCAGCUGACUGCGUGGUGGUUGGAAUUGGAGUUCAUCCAGAUACAGACAUUUUGCAAACAUCCGGUUUCCCCGUCUCGAAUAACGGCUACUUAAUUGUUGAUGAAGAGAUGCGAGUUGAGGAGAACAUCUGGGCCGGCGGUGAUAUGACUCAAUUCCCGCUCGCUCUUUGGAACAUCCCCGAUGCACACAUCGAGCACUUUCAAGUGGCCCAAAAACAUGGGCAAAUCGCCGCUUACUCAUUGAUGGAGCAAAAAUGCACAAAAGAUAUUAUUCCCUUCUUUUGGGGUCGCUUUUUCGACGCGUUAUCGCUGAAAUUCUCAGGUCGUUCAGGUUUCAACGAAGACUACCUGGGCACGCUUUUGCAUGGGGAUUUGGCGAAUUUCGAGUUCACUAAAUAUUAUUUCAAAGACGAUUUUGUGAUUGGUGUCGCAUCAGCUGGUCCCUCGAAUGCGGCUGUCGAUUUUAUCGAUCUUUUUGCCCGAAAAAUCAAAGUCACACGAAGAGAGGUCGAGCAAAACAUCACCGAUCACUGGAUCGAUUGGCGAUCUUCU